AUGACAAGAGGUAAUCAAAGAGAUAUCGAUAGAAAAAGAGCUGAAGCCAGAUCAAAGAAAGCUCCAGCCAAGGGUAUGGGUGAUGUAAAUGCUAGAAAAGAAAAAGAUGCCGCUGAAAUCGCCAAAAAACAAAAACUUUUUGAAGAAAAGAAGGCUAAAGAAGCUGAAGAUGCCAGAUUGGCUAAAUUAGCCGAAGCUGAAGCUAAAAAAGCUGCUUCCCAAGCUAAAGGAGCUGCACCAAAGUAA